AUGCCCAUCCAAACGAAUGACCCAGCGCUCAAGGAUAUUGGAAAAAAAGAUGGGCUUACUGUAUGGAGGAUCAAUAAGUUCGAAUUGGAAAAGGUGCCUGAGACCGAUUAUGGAAUUUUCUACACUGGCGACACUUACAUCGCGUUGAAUCAAAAAUAUGAAGGCUGCUGGGAUGUUCACUUCUGGAUUGGCAAGAAUGCGUCGACGGAUGAGAUCGGAGUCGCUGCUAUCAAAACGGUGGAAAUCGAUGAUUCUCUCGGCGGGAUUCCAACGCAGCAUAGAGAGAUUCAGGACCACGAAUCUCCAUUGUUCCUCUCCUAUUUUCCAGAUGGAAUUCGAUACGCUUCUGGGGGCUAUGAAUCUGGAUAUCAUCACGUUGAAGAUUCGUUCAAGAACUUCAAGCCACGACUUUACCAUUGCAAAGGAAAACGCAACAUUCGGUGCACUGAAGUCGAGGUGUCGGUGAAGUCGCUCAACCGUGGAGACGUGUUUAUUCUUGAUUUGGGAAAAGACAUCUACGUUUGGCUUCCGCCAGACAGUGGAAGAUUGGAAAGAAUCAAGGGAAUGGCUCGCGCCAAGAACAUCGCUGACGUUGAAAGACAAGCUCAUUCAAAUGUUCACAUUCUUGAUGACGUUGAAUGGGACAAUGAUCCGGUUUUCUGGAGCUAUUUUGGCGGCGUUGAAGCUUUGAAACAAGUCGGCUCUGGAAAAGAAGACGAUGAUAACUAUUGGAAGCGUCUGACCGAGCAAAUCACUCUUUGGAAAGUUUCCGAUGCUAGUGGAACUAUGAAAGUUACAAUGGUUGCUCAAGGACUUGAUCUGAAACGAGAGCUUUUGGAUUCAAAUGAUGCAUUUAUUUUGGACGCGUUGAACGGUGGAGUUUUCGUUUGGAUCGGAAAGAAUUGCACGUUGGAAGAACGAUCAAAAGCCCUUAUUUGGGGCGAGAAUUAUUUAAGACAACAUCAUCUUCCUCGAUGGACCCAAGUCACCAGGGUUCUGGAAUCGGCCGAAUCAACUCAAUUCACUCAAUGGUUCCGUGAUUGGGUCGAUGAGAAGCAGAAGAAGUCGUUCGAGCCAUUGUUGUUCCAAGUGUCCGAUGAGAGCGGAAUGCUUCACGUUGAGGAGAUCGUCAAUUUCACCCAAGAAGAUUUAGACGGUGAUGACGUUAUGAUUCUCGACGCGUUGAAUUUGAUCUACGUUUGGGUUGGGGCCAAUGCGAAUACCAAUGAGAAGAAGGAAGCGUUGAAUACUGCAAAGAAAUAUCUUGAGAAGGGAAAACUCCCAAGACAUGCGAAAACUAGCAUUGAGACGAUUUAUCAGGGUCAAGAACCGCCAACUUUCAAAAAAUUCUUCCCGAAAUGGGAUGAUAAUCUAUUCAAAAAUGAAACUCGCUCUGUCGCCAAUAUGCGUCGUCUUCUAUUCAAUUAA